GGCCGACGACUCGCCCCCGCGCCGCCGCCUUCACGUGGCUUCGAAAGCGAAGCUAACCGGGCUUGGAGCCAGGGCGGCGCGGUUACGUCCCUCUUUCUGAGGGACAAGGUUCACCUGCCCGUUUCUAGGAGGAAAGAGGAAAUGCCCGUCUCGGGUUGUGGGCGGCGAGGUUCGCGCUAUGAGGAGCACGAAGCGUAGCAAAGAGGAAGAGGGAGACGAUCGGGGCGUGAGAAUAGGACAUCCCUUCGCCAAGCCAGAAAAAAUCCAAGAAAAGACGACGACCCUGAGGCUGGCGCGGCGCGGGUGCCCCGUCCCUCAGACGAACGCACGGCGUCCGGGGAGCCGCGUAGCCCGGCUAUGGCCCGGGGAGCCUGGCAUUGCCUCCUCUGUUGCGGCGUCUUCCUCUGGGCAGCCUAUGGAAUCGUACCAGAACCUCAAAAUCUCAGAGUUCAUUCAGAUAUGCUUGAGAGUAUUCUCCAAUGGGAUCCACCUAACUUUCACAAAGAAAAUGUCACUUACAGAGUUCAACAUAGGAAAGAUUAUGACAAUACAUUCACUGACUUGUGCAACAGAACUGAAGUCACAGAAUGUAAUGUUUCAAGAAUUCAAAUAUAUGGUUCUUCCUUUCUGAGGGUCAGAACUGAGUUUCAAAAUAAUACAUCAAACUGGGUAUGCAUUACCUUCACACCACUUACAGACACAAAGAUUAGUCCACCUGAUAUACAAGUUGAAGCCUCACAACCUAGUGUCUUGAGUGUACAGCUCACAGAUCCUUAUUUUAUACAUAACGGUGCAAGAUAUUCCAUAAAAGUUUUUUAUAGUACUGUGGCUUACAGGAUUCACAUCUGGAAGAAAGACUAUAGUGACAAACAGGGUAGAAAAUUAAAUACAUCAUUCACUUUCGAAACCAUAUCUGGCCUGGAACCUGAGACAACAUAUUGCCUUAAGGCUCAAGCAUAUAUUGAAGAGUUCAAUAAAAGUGGAGAAUGGAGUGAACCUUUUUGUGUCAGAACAAGUAAUGCAUCUUAUGCUGGUAUAAAUCCAGUGCUACUGAUCCUUAUCCUACCAUUAGUAUUGAUAUUAUUUUCUUGCUGCUGCUUUAUGAUUUUCCGUAUUUAUCGACGUAUCAAAUAUGUCUUCUUUCCUUCUUAUUCUUUGCCACAGCAUUUCAAAGAGUUUUUAAACAAGCCUUCAUACAGUUCACAGUUUCUUACAUCUCAGAUUCAAGGAGAAGAUUAUACCUAUGAGAAGAUUAUUAUCCUUUCAGAGGAGUUGAAAAAUGGUGGUAAAGAAUCUGAGGAGCAAUUGAACAAUGCAAAACAACAGCUCAAAAUAUCCCAGGAAGAAACCUACAAUCUAAAGACAAUUCAGACUAUAUAAUUUUGGUGAUAUUUAAAAUAAUAACAUGCUGCACCAUUAAGCACUUAGUGGCAUUUACAAAGCAGCAGUUUACAAUUUGCACAUUACGGAUUUCAAAACGAUUAUUUUUGUGAACAGAUUUUUAGAAAAAAUACUUUUUUUGCUAUGUGACUUGAUAAGAAACUUGUUUGUUGUGUUCUAUUUUGAGAGUUAUUUAUAUAUCUACAGUAUAUUGAUAGACUGAAACCUUAAUUAUAAAACAAAAUGUA